AAACAACCAACGCCAGGAUUACAUAAAAGAACAGAUGUCUUUUUAAUCCUUUCGCGUCCUCAAAUAAUUCGUGUUGAAACAAGAUUGCCAUUGCUAGACGUACAUUGGGUCAGAAUGACUUACAUACUUGUGCUUCUCCGGCACGGCCAGUCCACCUGGAAUGAACUCAACCUCUUUACGGGCUGGGUUGAUGUCCCGCUGUCCGAGAAAGGGGUCGCGGAGGCCAAGCAAGCGGGUACACUGCUGAAGAAACACUCACUGCUCCCGGACAUUGUUUAUACCAGUUGGCUUCGCCGCAGCAUCAACACGGCCAACUUGUGCCUGGAUGAAGCCGACCGUCUGUGGAUCCCGGUCAAGCGCGCUUGGGAGCUCAAUGAACGCCAUUACGGCGGUCUCCAGGGCAAAAACAAAGCCGAAGCUGCCGAGAAAUUUGGCGAAAAGCAAGUCAAAUUGUGGCGUAGAAGCUACGACACUCGGCCACCGGAGUUUGGAAAUGGUACCGAUGCGAAGUCACAGCAGGAUCCGGAUGGUCGAUACGCAAAGUCGGGUGUCCAGGUUCCCAGUACCGAGUGUCUCAAAGAUGUCCUCGAGCGGGCCUGGCCUUACUGGUUGUCGGACAUUGUCCCAGACCUGCAGGCAGGCAAGACAGUGUUGGUUGCUGCCCACGGGAACAGUUUGAGGGCCAUCAUCAAGGGACUGGAAGGAAUCAGUGACGAAGAGAUUCCGGGGCUAGAGCUUCCCACGGGUGUUCCGAUCCUAUAUGAACUCGACGAGAACUUGAAGGUCGUUAGCAAUGGCGGGAAGGGGAAGCUGCUGGAAUGAUAUCCAGGGUAGGCACCAUCAAGCACGUAACAGCUCGAUGCGCCGAGUUUAUCAAUAAUGAACUUGAAGUGACCAGGAUGAAAGGAAAUAAGAUGCAGAGAAGUCGUAGUGGUGAAAGGAUUCAAUGUGAGCCAUUGGGAGAAGAACACAACAUGUAGGGAAAUGCCGGUUCAACCUUGCUGCUGAAGCCUUUUCCCACGGUAUUGUGCCUACCGUAGCUGUGCCUGAUAAUAUCCUGUUUGAGACCACAUCAGGCGUCACACUGCAGCUAAGAGAUGGCAGGGACUUUGAAGCGGAGAGUAGAAUCUGAGGCCGGGGGGCACAAACUGGAAUGUGACCUGUCGCUUUGGCCAUUGCGUGAUAUCCCCUCAAGCCGGUCACGUUUUAGCCGGCAAUGUUCCAUGGCUGGCAUACAGUAGUAGAGUAAAUAAGAUGUUUCUUACACCUUUUCGCAAAGAUAGCGGGGGAAUCGACGUUGCGAAGAUUGAUGGAAUUAAUAAGUACAGUACCUAGGUGCCAGGUACGUACUGUAGGUGCCUAUUCUAUAG